UACAGUUAGAAGCAUUUGCUUAGAUAUUUAUUUUAGUGAAUUAUGUUCUAGUGGAAGUCAGUGUCGACACAUCACCUGUUUUUAAUAUUCGUACAGGGAAAUAUAAUUUAUUCGGAGAAUUAUAUGUGUUGGAUUUCCGAAGUGAAAGUUAAUCAAGUUUGAAUAUAAAUAAGAAACACAAUAAGAUGAAUCCGAUUGUGGUACAGAUAGCUGUAGCGCUUUUACUUUCAGUACCAACCUUCAUGUUAGCUAUUGGAAACACAUGGACAUCUUAUACACUACCCAUUCUAGAAAGCGAAGACUCUCCAAUAGGAUAUCCAAUCACGAAGAGUGAUAGCAAUCUGAUAUCCUCAGUUAUCAUGCUGGGUUCCCUAACCUCUAUAGUCAUUGUUGGGUAUAUAAGCGACCGGAUUGGUCGAAAACGGACAGAAAUAUUAAGUGGACUAUGUUUUGUGCUCGCCUGGUCAACAAUUACAACUGCAAAGAAUGUAACGCAAAUUGUAAUUGGUCGAUACAUUAUAGGACUUGGAACGGGGUUACAUUUUGUCACUGGUGUCGUUUACAUUGGUGAAAUGAGUCAAACAUCCAUCAGAGGAGCUCUUCUUACCAUAAUGUCGUUCAUGUACAAUUUAGGUACACUCGCUUCUUACACAGAAGGCUGGUUCUGUAGUUACGAAGUCGUCAACUACUUGAAUUUAACUACAGCUGUUUCAUUUAUACUACUACUAAUGUGUCUUAAAGAAACACCCGUUUAUUUGUUAAGAAUAGGAAAAGAAAAGGAAGCAAUAAAAUCUCUGAAAUUUUAUCGAGGUGCAUCAAAGGUUACUCAAGAAGUUCUAGACGAAAUUGUUUAUCUGAAAAGUCAACUAAUUAAUGAAAAUGCCAAUCAAAUUGAGAUGAAAAUCCCUCAAUUAGAAAAUGAAAAAGAAAUGUUAAAUGAAGAAAAUAAUCCUAAGAUUGAAGGCAUUACUAAAUCAAAUAGUGCUUGGACAACAUUGCGAACAUCGAACUCAGCAAAACGCGCCUUGGUAGUAUUAUUAGUUCAAAUGAAUUUGUGCGUGUUCAUGGGUAUGAUCGCUGUGCAGGCGUUUGCUGGCCAAUUCUUCCAGCAAGCAGCGCCAAGCUUUUCGCCACAUCUCUGCUCUGUGAUAUUGGCCAUAAUUGUCACAAUUACGAGUGGAGUCGCCGUAUUUAUAGUUGAUAUUGUACCUAGACGGGUUCUAAUGAUAAGUACAUGUUUCCUAUCGGGCUGCUGUAUGGCGUGCCUGUCCAGCAUGCAGUACUUCACGUGGGCCCCGGAGUGGGGUAUACCAUUAGUUAUGAUACUCUACUGCAUAUUUUACCAGCUCGGCGCCGUAAACAUUCCGUUCAUACAAAUUGCUGAAUGCUUGCCACCGCAAAUGAACAGUUUCGGGACAGGCGCCGUGAUGUGCUCAUUGUUUAUUGCGAACUUUAUACUUCUGUUUAUAUUCAAACCUGCAGUGGACAUCCUAGGAUUAUCUGGAGUUUUCCUAGCAUUCGCAUUUGUUAAUUUCCUGACCGUAUUUGUAUCAUAUUUGAUAAUGAGAGAAACAAGAAGAGUGCCCUUCGAAACAGUACAAAGUACUUUUGAGCGCGGUUAUUUGUAUAGGCGGCAAAAAAGUUAUUAAAAUAAGUGCAACUAUCUAGAAAUUAUGUCUCAGGUUCGAUUCCUGCGUCGGUUAAAGUUUUAUUCUAGCAGUUUUAUUAUCUAAGAUUCAGUAUUAUCACAGAAUUUAGUAUGUGACACAGUCUUAAAUAAGUUAAUAAGUAUUCCAAUUUAACUAAAAAUCGCGGGUUACUCACGUGAAUAUACUGAGAAAAGCUCUACUUGUUUCAAUAUCAGUGCAAUCACGUGAUUAACCCACGAUUUUUAGUUAAUUUGUCUCACGAUAGUUAUUAUUCCAAUAUUAAUAAAAAUAUUUGAUUUAAUCGAAAAACUUGAGAUAUCCAUAGACAAGUUUUGAGGACACUAUGGUUCAAUUACAAAUGUCACUGUCCCUCAAAGUAUUUGACAGUUGACACCUGCUGAUAAAUAAAAGAUAUUAGACAA